AUGGCUCCAGUCGACGCGUGCGCGGGGUCUGUGAACAAGAAGCUUGUUGUCGUGGGCGAUGGUGGCUGUGGAAAGACAUGCCUGCUGAUUGUCUACUCACAGAAUCGGUUCCCAGAGGAAUACGUGCCGACUGUGUUUGAGAACUAUGUCCCUAUUGUGGAUUAUCGGGGUCAAAAGGUCGAGUUUGCUCUGUGGGAUACGGCCGGCCAGGAAGAAUACGACCGACUUCGCCCCCUCAGCUAUCCAGAGACCGAUGUGAUCCUCAUUUGCUUUGCCAUCGACUACCCCACGAGCCUCAUGAACGUCAAGGACAAGUGGCUGCCUGAAAUUCUGCACUUUUGCGAGGGUGUGCCAUAUCUACUUGUGGGCCUCAAGUCAGAUCUGCGUAUGGACGCGCAUUCUCUCUCCCUCCUUACCGCGCAGGGAGUACAGCCAGUUAGCCAGGAGCAGGGCGAGCGCUUCGCACAAGAGAUCGGCGCUCGGCGUUACGUCGAGUGCUCGGCCAAGGCCAACGACGGCGUACGAGAGGUAUUCCAGGCUGCCUUGGAAGAGGCCUUUGGGGCGAAGAAAUGGAAGCGCGGUCUGCUGAGCCGUCAUAAGAAAUGCACUGUACUAUGA